CAACUACAUAGACAAAUAACAAUAAUGGAUAACCUAAACACAAAGAUGAUGAAUCAAUUGGAUAAUACAUCCGAGUUGAUAAAGAAACAGGUUGAUCAGACAAAGUCAGUGUUGCGACAAAGCAAGGAAGAGAUUAUUUUCUUGUUGAGUUGGACAUGGCCCAUUCUGAUUGCCAACGUUUUGAACAACGUCGCCUAUCUCUUUGUUAAUAUGUCUUUUGCCGGACAUUUGGGCACCAACGAGUUGGCCGCAGUAUCUCUUGGCAACACAUGGCAGUUUGCCUCUUCAGCAUUGGCCAUCGGCUCGCUCAAUGCCAUGGACACACUGAUCAGUCAGUCUUUUGGAGCCAAGAACUACGGCUUGAUUGGAGUAACAGUACAACGUGGACUUAUUGUGUCGGCUGGCUUUUGUGUCCUCAUCACAUUGCUCUGGUUGGCAACUGAGCCUAUCCUCCUACUACUUCAUCAAGACCCUGUUGUUUGUCGCUUGACCCAAACAUAUACAUUUGGACUCAUUCCUGGACUUUGGUUUGGCACACUCCUAACCAUACUUCAGAAGUACCUACAGGGUCAAGGCAUCAUGAAGCCAUCAAUUAUUGUUGGCGUCAUUCUAAACCUUUUCAAUCUCCUCUUCAACUAUAUAUUCGUGCAUGGUGUUGGUGAUUACCGAGGUUUAGGUAUCCUUGGCAGUUCACUUGCCACAAGUGUAUCCAAAAUAUUGGCAUGCAUUACUAUCUAUGUAUGGAUUGUUGGAUUCAAGCUACACUCUUCACCAAUUCAAACUUGGUACGGAUUCUCUCGUGAUACAUUCAGCAUUCGUGGACUCAAGGAGUACCUCUCAUUGGGCAUUCCAGCAGGCCUUCAGAUGGCAUUUGAGGGCUGUGGAUUCGAGAUCCUCACCAUCCUGGCCGGUCUAUUCACACCUGCCGCCCUGGGAGCACACUCCAUCGCUAUGAACUUCACUUUGCUCACAUUCAUGCUGCCCUUCUCUCUGUCCAUUGCACUAUCUGUGCGCAUUGGCCAGCUCCUGGGAGCUCGACAACCAUCGAUGGCUCAAAAGUCUACUCGCGUAUGCUUUGGCCUGGCCAUCUCUUGCAUGGUCACCAUCUCAAUCAUUCAAUUCUCAACGCGCCACUACAUUGGCUACCUCUACUCGGAGAACCCUGACGUACGCAAGACUGUCGCCGCAAUCCUUCCCAUCUCUGCACUAUUCCAAAUGUUUGAUGGCAUGCAGACCAUGUGUCAAGGUAUCAUUAGAGGCAUUGGACGAAACAAGAUUGGUGCCAUCGCCAACUUCUGUGCAUUCUACGUCAUUGGCCUUCCUUUCUCUUGUCUCUUCGCAUUCGUAAUCAUGCACAAGGUUCAAGGAUUGUGGUGGGGACUAUGUAUUGGAUUGGCAUCAGCUGCUGUAUUCUUGGGCAUGUAUGUGAUGCGCAUCAACUGGAAUGAAGAGAUGCACAAGGCAUUGGAGAGGACAUCAUCAGCAUCCAAUCUUGAUGAUAUUGAACAGGUUACACCAACACCAGGUGAUGAGGAUGAAUCGGACAAUGCAAGAUUGUUUGUUGGUCCCAGUUCAAGUGAAGAGUACAACGAUGUCGUAGAGAUACCAUUGGACUUGAUCAAACAUUCCGCCCACCCCAUCGCCUCAGCCACCACAGUCAAGAAGGGAACAACCUACACAAUAUUACACUCCUCUGGAGAUGGUGAGGAUGUAGAUGAAGCCAUGGCUCGGGCCGAGAAUAACACAUUGAAUGACUCCCGAUUGGAGGAUGAUGGCGCUGGUAGUGCGCCCAUUCAAACCUCAUCACCAUCAUCAUCAUCGGACGACGAUGUAGAGGAGGUGGUGGUGUCAGGUGCCAUCCUGAAUAGCUCCUCCACUCUAUUGGAAUAC